AUGAAGUUUUGGAAAGGUGACAGUGACAGUGACAGUGACAGUGACAGUGACAGUGACAGCGACAGUGACAGAAGCUCGUCAUCAUUAGAAGAUGAAGCAAAAGAAGAAAACAGUUUCCAAACGGAAUCCAAACAACAGGAGAGAGGCGUGUUUCAGACCUCCACCAAGGAACCUUCCAGGUCCUUAUCUAAAGAUCCAGAUGAAGCUUGGAGGCAGAUAUCUUCCGAUCAAACCUUUGCUGACCUCCCUUAUGCUGAUUCUGCCAAGAAGGAUCCCAACUCUGUGAGGCUCGUAUGCAUGUCGGAUACCCAUGGAAAACACCGAGAGGUGGAGUUGCCGCCUGGAGACAUUUUGAUUCAUGGCGGAGACUUCUCAAAGAGUGGAGAAACUGGAAGUAUGAAGGAUUUGAGUGCCUACUUUGAAGAAUCUGGCUUUGCCGAAGUCAUUUGCAUUGCAGGCAACCACGAUCUUCCAUUGCAUGCAGAAUUUUACAAGGAAAAUUGGAAACGAUUUCAUCGACGACAACCCUUUGACAUUCAAGAUGCCAAGGAUUCCAUUCGGAACUGUGAGUACCUGGAGGAUUCUUCUUAUACUUCCCAACGUGGUAUUGAGUUUUACGGGUCUCCUUGGUCUCCCUUCUUCUUUGGCUGGGCCUUCAACCUUUAUCGUGGGAAGGAAAUUAUGGCAAAAUGGAAAUUGAUUCCAAACUUUACCGAUGUUUUGAUCACUCAUGGUCCUCCUUUGGGACGGGGAGACUUCACCUCUAAUGGGGUACGAGCUGGAUGUUACGACCUUUUGAUGGAAUUACAGGAACGAAUAGUUCCACGAGUCCACAUCUUUGGUCACAUUCAUGAAGGAGCAGGGGUGACGUACGAUUCCAAAACGUUGUACAUCAAUGCGAGUAACCUGAAUAUUUCUUAUCAAGCAAUUAACUAUCCAGUUGUGGUUGAUUUGCCAAUCGAUACAACUCAGCCACCGAAAAUCGUUCGUCCCAAUUGCAUUAUGAACCCAACAGAAUUUGUGGAAUGGUGCAGCAACGAGAGCUUUGAUCUGAUUGCCAAUGCCAUUAGAGACGAUGAUGAGAAAAUGCAGGAAAUGCCAAGUGGAAAUCAGUUAUUCACUGAAGAUGCUUAUGAAGAUAUUGUGAACCUGUUUCACCUACAUCGGGAUCGCAAAGUAUGUGCAGAGCUAAAGAGGGCACUUGCCAAGCUAUAUGCACAAUCAUAUAAGUAG